UUUAUAUAUAUCGUACUAUAUCUGGGUGUUUCGUUUGAAGGUUUACAUGUUUAAUUUAAACUGAAUGGAUAUUAAAUAAGAUGCUAUUCCUAGUCUUGUUUUUGCUUGGGAGUUUAAAUGCAGUUAUUGGAUGGCAGUGUCGUAGUGGUAAAGUAAUUCCAGGCAUAUACAUCAAAUCAGGACAACCAGCUAUCAUAGGUUUUCAGACCACCUUACAAACAUUUGAUGGAGUACUUGUGUAUACAGUAGCAGCAUUCAAUAAUAGUAACCUCUAUGCCGCAACGUUUUAUAAUAAUCACCUUCAAAUUGAAAGGUCAUUUUUAGAGUCAAAGUUCAUUGGAGAUGCAAGUAGUGGAAAUUUCACGUUAAAGACUAAUGGUGUACACACACAAGAUGGAGGAGUAUAUAGCCUUCAAUAUAAAAAAGGAGGAGCAGACUUGUAUACAGAAAUGUGUUCCAUAUUAUUUGUGUUAGGUAAACCACAAAAAGCAACUCUUUCACAUGAUAACAACAAUGUUCUUGGAAAAGACUGUCAACUUUCAUGCGCCAGUUCAUCGACAACCAACCCAACAAACCACACCCUUAAUGUCACGUUCAACUGGAAAGUAAAUGAUAUUACGAAUCCAUCCAACAAUAGAUAUAAAUAUGGAGUUUUAAACAAAACACUGACUAUAAUGUCUGUGACAAAGGAAGAUGCCAACAAGAGAUUUAAAUGCAGUGCAACAGAAUCUGGAGAUGGUGUUACAGGCUUGACUUCUGACUACAGUGAUGAGUUCAUAUUCACAGUAAUAUGUUAGUAUUUAUUUCUGUCUUUUUUGUAAAAGAAGGACAAGACACACACACACGCAC